AUGUCUUGGCAUCAUAAUGAAUAUGUUAAAGAUGGGUUCUUAAGGCAUCCUGCCGAUGGUGAAUCUUGGAAAGCAUUUGACAGUCAACAUGAAGAUUUUGCAAAGGAGCCUCAUAAUAUGAGACUUGGCUUAGCAAGCGACGGAUUCAAUCCGUUUCGAACUUUGAGUAGUACACAUAGUACAUGGCCUGUUGUUCUAAUGGUGUAUAAUCUACCCCCUUGGAUGAGUAUGAAGCCUGAUUAUUUUAUGCUCUCUUUAUUCAUUCCUGGCCCACAAUCAUCGGGAAAUGAUAUUGAUGUAUUUCUUCAACCACUAAUUGAAGAAUUAAAAGAACUGUGGGAGUUAGGUGUCGAAACAUAUGAUUCCAAAGAGAACAAAACAUUCAACAUGAGAGCAUAUCUUUUAUGGAUAAUUAACGACUUCCUUGCGUAUGCUAUGUUAUCUAGGUGGAGUACAAAAGAAAAAUUGGCUUGUUCAUGUUGUAAGGAUGAGACUUCUUCUAUAUAUCUGAAACAUAGCCACAAGACUGUUUAUAUGGAUCAUCGAAGACACAACCUUGAUGUCAUGCACAUAGAGAAGAAUAUAGUUGAUAGCAUAAUUGAAACUCUUUUGGAUAUUUCUGGAAAGACAAAAGAUCAUGCAGCUGCGCAUUUUGACCUUAAAGACAUGGGUAUCAGGAAAAACCUUCAACCAAAAGAUACAGAUAAUCGUAAAAGAACUAAGUUAGCAAAGAAGGUAAUUAGCCUAGAUAAGGUAGUUAACUUAGAAGCAGAGAUUGCUGAGACAUUAUGCCAAUUGGAGAGUAUUUUUCCUCCAAGCUUUUUUGACAUAAUGGUGCACUUGCCUAUCCAUUUGGCAAAUGAAGUGAGGUUAGGUGGUCUAGUUCAAUAUCGUUGGAUGUACCCUGUUGAACGAUAUAUGUGCACACUAAAAUUGUAUGUUCAUAACAGAAGUCGUCUAGAAGGAUCCAUUGCCGAAGGAUAUUUGGCGAAUGAGUGUAUUAAUUUUUGCUCAAGAUAUUUGCAUGAAGAUGUCCAGACAAGAUUCAACAGAGUCCCUCGAAACAAUGAUGAGUGUGUUUCAAAUGAGCUGCGAACUCCUAGUUUGUUUCCAAGCAAAGGAUGUUCUUUGGGUGGAAAAAUGGGAGAUUUGUUCAUGUUAGAUGAAAAAUCAGAAAUACAAGGUCAUACAUACAUCCUAAACAAUUGUGAUAAGAUCGAAGUCUACAUGAGAGAGCAUGAGGAGGCAGUAAAUGAUAACAAUCCACGAAGAACAAAGUGGGAGAAAGCCAAAUACCAUAGUCAACAGUUCUCAGAAUGGUUUAAAACUGGUGCCAUGAAAAAUGAUGUGCCUGGUUGGGUAAAAGGGUUGGCUAGAGGUCCAAAUAGAGUUGCAAAAAGAUUUUCAGGUUAUGUUAUCAAUGGGUAUAGGUUCCAUAUAAGGCACCAUGAUGCGAGACGUAAAACCCAAAAUAGUGGUGUCACAUUGGAGGCAUUGACUCCUAGUUUUGCUACUGUGAAAGAUAAGAACCCAAUCGAAGCAAAAGUAACCUACUAUGGUAGAAUAGUUGAUAUGUUUGAAUUAGACUAUUAUGGCCAAUUUAAGGUAGUCCUGUUUAAGUGUGAGUGGUAUACAGUUGCAAAAGAUAACUUUGGUCUCUCAUAUGUGUAUUUCAGUAAAAAAUGCUACCAAGAAGAACCAUUUGUGCUAGCAUCCCAAGUAAACCAAUGCUUUUAUGUGCAAGACCCAUAUGUGAGUGACAAACACUAUGUUAUGAAAACAAUUCCAAGAGAUUUAUUUAGGAUAAGUGAUGACCUUGAGUCUGAUUCCCCCAUAAUAUAUGCAAGGGAGCCAUGUGAACCUGAAGUGAUUCCCGGUCUCCCAAAUGACAAUGGCAAAGUUGAUCUAGUGAGGAAUGAUCUAUGA